GAGGGAUACAAAGAAAAAGCGAUACGAAAGACCAAGGAGAAUCCCUGGGUUCCAUUAGGUACUCUUGUAACGACCGGCGCACUAACUAUGGCUGCUAUUAGGUUGCGUCAGGGAAAUUCGAGGAAGUUUCAAGUAUGGCUUCGUUUCCGAGUUGCUUUCCAGGCGUUAACAAUCUUCGCCAUCCUUGGAGGCCUGUACAAAUACGGACAAGCCAAUCUGGAGGAGAACCAAAGG